AUGUCGUUGUUAUCUCUGUCGUUCACUUAUUUUAAGCUAUUCAUUUCGACUUUGCUUGGUUAUAUUCUCUUGAGUAUUCAUCUACUCACCACUAGCAUAUUUCCAAAAAGUUUGUCCUUACUUCUUCAUCUUCUCAUAAUUUCAACUAUAACAACUUCAGCAACUCAUACUCAUCUAACGAUCAACACCAAUGCAAAUGGAGGUGUUUCACUGAUUCAUUCCUCAUGCCCAUCUGGUUGUGAAUGUGAGCAUAUACUCGAGCGAGAUGAUCAACGAAGAUAUCGUUCUUCAUCUGUAUUUUGUCAUCAAGGCGAUUUGAGUCAGGAUCAUUUCUUUAAUAUUAUUCGUCAAAUACCAGCAAAUAUCACAACACUAGAUAUAGAAGCACCACGAGAACGACCCAAUCGUCUGCUAUGGGAUGAUAAUUUGAAUCGUUUCAAGCAACUCAAAGUUUUACGUCUCGUCAAUUCGGGUAUUCCGGCGAUAUCGCGUGCGCUUAAAUUGCAUUCACUGGAAGUGCUCGAUAUACGUGGCAAUAACAUUGAUCAUGUCUCUAUUUCAAUGUUUUCUGGUGUACCGUCAUUACGCGUGCUAAAUUUAGCCGAAAAUCUUUUGAGCGUUCUACCAACGGGUGUUUUCACUUAUUUACGCAAUAUGGAAACACUGUCGUUAGCGUACAAUAAUAUCACCGAAUUAUCAGCGAGUCUGUUGCGAGGCAAUGAACGCCUAGAGUCACUGCAUUUGGAUGGGAAUCGUAUUAGUAGUGCACAACUGAAUGAUUUGUUCGCAGAUGUGAAGCAGUUGAAACGACUUGAACUGAAUUAUUGUAAACUUGGAUCGCUGAGUCGACUAAGGCUGGAACGAAUUCCUCGUCUGAGUCGUUUGGGUCUAGCUGGUAAUCGUUUGGGCUCAGUGCCGAGUGUAAUAUUUCGCAGUCUUGCUCACCUCAACACUCUUGACCUCGCCGAUAAUGGUAUACUUGAGAUUACGUCACAAGCAUUCUCUGCUAGCAAUAUUAAGCAUUUAUUCUUAGCCAAAAAUCGACUUGGUCAUUCGCCUAACGCUUUCCACUCGAAUUGUUUUGGUGGAAUCAGUCUACACGAGUUGGAUUUAUCCUAUAAUAAUCUGCAGCAUUUUCAAUCGACGAUUCUUGGCCGCACCUCUCAAGCAUCAAUUGAGACUCUGCACCUAAGUGGUAAUCGAAUCCAACAUUUUGACCCGAAAUUAACGAGUAAUUUAAUCGCAUUGAAGCAUUUACAUCUGGCCGAAAACGAUAUUCAUCAAAUUCCGGCUCAAUUACCGUCCGAAUACGCGCAAUUAUUGUUCUUGAAUCUGUCAUCAAAUGCCUUACAAACGUUCCCGGAUCAUGCUCGUCAACUUUUUCCAUCCCUUAUUCGAUUGGAUAUUUCGAACAAUUUAUUCUCAUCUUUUUCAAUUUCUAUUCUUCACAAUUUCAUCAAUCAUUUGGAUCAGGUUUAUUUGUACAAUAAUCCAUGGGACUGUGGCUGUCUAAUCGACGAGCUGAAACGGCAUAUGAGCGAACGUUAUGGGUAUCGUUGGGAAUUACGCUAUGAACACGCCAGAUGCGCCACUCCUGAGGAUUUACAUGGAGCGUUUAACGAAAGUGUCUUAUCAUCCCAGCAGCUGGGCGCAUCAUCUGCAAUCGGAACUGGAAUCGGGUACGGCAUCGGUGUAAGGAUCGGUGGAAUGACCACUGCUGUGCCCAGUAAUCUCGACUCGCCAAUAUGUGCGCUCUCGUCGAGCACACCAAGGAUGCCACCCCCGCCACCCCCACCGAUUCUUGCUACUUUCUAA